AUGGCUCAGGAAUCCGGCCAGCCCUAUGACACGCAGUCAUUGACUGCCAGCGUGACAGACUAUCCCAUAGAGAAUGGGAGACGAUACCACAGAUACCAUGAGGGCGCAUACAUCUAUCCAAACGACGAGCAGGAACUUGAUCGUUUGGACAUGCAGCACCACAUGUUCAAGAUGGUCAACAACGACCGGCUGUUCUUUGCUCCUCUUCGAAAUCCCAAGCGGAUUCUAGACAUCGGGACGGGUUCUGGCAUCUGGCCGAUAGAGAUGGCUCCCCUCUUCCCCAGCGCCGAGAUCACAGGAACAGAUCUCUCCCCCGUUCAACCUAAUGAAGUCCCUGAGAAUGUCCAUUUUCUGGUGGACGAUGCCACAGAGGACGACUGGUUGUGGAGCCCCGACCAUUUUGACUACGUCCACAUCUCUCACUUGACUGGGUCGAUGCCCUCGUACAAGGAUCUCUUGCGAAAAGCCAUGAGACACCUGAAACCGGGUUGUUAUCUGGAAUGCCACGAGUUAGACCCGAAACCAAAGUGUGACGACGGCACCAUGCCCCCCGAGAAUCUCGACGGCGGCUUCAGUGAAUUCGCUUUCCACGACUGGUUCGAUCUCCAACAACGAUCGGGCCAGGUCACAGACCCGUCGAGACAGUUUCGAGUCGCCCACCGUAUGGCUCGGUGGAUGCGGGAUCUCGGCUUUGUCGAUAUUGAAACACGCGUCUCCAAAAUCCCGACCAAUACGUGGCCUACCGAUCCGCAUCUGAAAAAGAUCGGUUCCUGGAGCGAGAGUAACUGGCUUGAGGCCUUGUCUGGGUGGUCAUAUAAGCCGCUCAUCGCUCUAGGAUGGUCAAAGCCCGAAAUUGAAGUUUUCCUCGUCGAUGUGCGGAAGAGUAUUCAGAACCGGGACGUCCAUUGCUAUAACGACUAUUAUGUGUCCUCGUCGUCAACCUCGUUCAUCGACCACCAUGUCUGGAUCGGCGAAGAUUUCCUGGCGUCGACGUUUCGGCGGUUCGUCGUGAAUGGUCAGCAGCAGCGCCGGUAUGAGAGUCGGGUGCCGGGGCCUAUGGAGGCGAGGAGACGGCUUGCGAAGAGGAGGAAUACAGCGCUGGCGAGCUUUGCGGGGACCGGGCCGUUGGAUGAUAUGCCGUGUUUGUUUGGGAGGAAUGGGAGGGAGCAUAUGAAGUGGACGGAUGGAAGGAGGAGGGCUCCGGGUGAGGUGCAAGGGUCGGGUUUUCAGCCAUUGGGUCCUCCGGAUGUACCUGCGCCGGAUUACAACAAUGCGCGGGAUAAAUUCCUGACGGACUACCUGCAAAAGCACUGGAGGGUUACGGCCAUCAAGGACGUUGUUCGAUUAUUGGAUAUAGAUCUUCGACAGGAGCCGGCCUAUAGUCGACUGAUUUUCGAUCAUCUGCUUGCGCAUUCCGUCCAGACCAAAGGUGCAUUGAACGAGUUGGUUGUCUUCUUGGAUGAUCCGUUUAUGAAUACCCAAGGUGCUGGGAAUUACUCUCUGGCAGUAAGGCAUCUUACGCGCCAUGAGGCUAGUGCGGAGAAACAGCGUGUUAUCCUUACUGCUGUCACGCGAGCUUUGGAGCUGGGGCUCAUACCGCCUGAUGAGCUUUGCACUAUCGUGAAGACAGUACCGCAGAUCCAAGGUGGUGAAAAAGUGACCUGGGACCGAGAUCGCAUUUUCCUUACUGGCUACUUCCGGGAGAUGUGGAAUGCUAUAGGACGCUGUGAUGUUCUCGGACCCAAGGAUUUGAAUAAAGAUACGGUUGAUGCAUGGCUCGGAGUGCUGGAAGAAGCAAAUUUUCACAAAGCUGUUCUCCUGGCAAAGGAUAUUAUCCUGGAAACUCAAGACCCUAGUGAAGAUCGCUGCUCUUGGGUCCGGAAAUUUAUUGCACGAUGGCUGGACUUCUCAGUCAACAAGGGAUUCCGUGUGAAGGGGGACUAUGCACGCCAGCUCCUGAACCAUUUCAACCCGGACGCUGCAUCGCGGUAUAUUUACCGCACGACUGAAACUUUGGCCUCUUUAAGAGAUGGAGGACAGAGGAGGCUAUUGCUUGAAGCGUGGCGCGAUUGUUUGUCCAAGUUUCAAGAACAAGAGGUUUCUGCCCUUGCCACAUCGAAAGCUUGGUAUAAUGUGCCACCACCUCGUGACAUGGAACUUGGGUAUAUGUGGUUUACGUCGAAGACGCCAUCUAAGUCUCCAAGACACCACCAAAUAAUCCUUCGUCUUUGGGCUUUACGAACCCUUAGUAUUGCCCUUCCUGAAGGUCCGCUCUGGAGGGACGAUGAAAGGGCGACUGACCUCCCAAUAUUGAAACUUUUUGAGCUUUAUGAGGAUCUCACGGCCGGAAUCACUCUCGAAGACUUACUACCGAGUCUACUGAAAGGAAUACGUGACCUUGAGAUUCCGUACAAUGGACUGAUGAUACUGGCUGUCGAUCUGAAGACCAGACACAGCUUAAGAAAGAGGACCCGCGCAACACUCCGAGCGCUAGAAACGGGCGCUGAUUUCUCAACCCUCUUCUUAGACCCUCACGCCUACAACUCCACAAUGUCUCUUCUGUUCUCAUCUUUCGAAACCAUGGUCAAGCAGAUCGACGUCACGGACUCGUCAUUUAUUGAGCAGAGUGUCUAUUACGCGAGAAACGGAGACACAAGGAGUGCCUGGGCCUUGAUCCGUCUUUUCCGCGCUCACACUCCCCUCAAAGUAGCACUGUCAAAGGCAUGGCUGCCCGAUCCAUCCGAGAACGACACCGCCAACGCAAACGCCCUCGUCCUUUCCCAAAACACACCCAGAACAGCCGACACCCCAGACCCCCUCGUUGCCCUCGAGAUGAUCCACCUGCUCGCCAUCGCCUUCUCCGACGCAAAGAACCUCAGCCCCCGUCGCUCCUACAGCCUUGUCUACUGGCUCUACAACUUCCUGACUCAGCAUCACGCCCCCGUUAAACCAUCCAUGGUCCGCGCCAUGUACCAUGCUGGCGUUGUUAGGUUUCGAAGAGCGGGAAUGCGCGUCGCCCGUACGCAGUAUGAUUUUAUCAUUGAGGUCGUGAAGGAGUUUGAAACGCCUGAAGCUAGAGAUGCUCUUUUGGAGUCGCCGCGGGUUGGUGAAAAGCAGGUUUGGUGA